AUUAUCUUAUGUUCAUUUUAUUAGCCUAGAUUAGUUCAUCUAGUAUAUCUUUCUUUGCAUGUACCUCUAAAUGGUAUAAUUAACAUCGCUUAAUUUUUCAUAUCUCAUGUUUGUUAAUUAUAUGAACCUAGAUUAGUCUAUCUGGUCUUUCUUUCUUUUUUUUAAGUUUAUUUAUUUUGAGAGAAAGAGAACAUAGGUGUGCUCACAUGUGAGCAUGUGGGGGAGGGGCAGAGAGAGAGGGAGAGAGAGAAUUGCAAACAGGCUGCAUACCUUCAGUGCAGAGCCUGACGUGGAGCUCAAUCUCACAAACCAUAAGAUCAUGACCUGAGCCGAAAUCAGGAGUUGGACAUUCAACUGACCAAGCAACCCAGGCAUCCUUUCUGGUCUUUCUUUUGCAUGUAACCUCUAAGAUACUUAUUUUUUUUCUUUUCUUUCCCCUUUCACACUAUUACGGUUUAAUAAGUUCUUUUUCCUUUGUAAAUACUAUGUUUUCAAUGUUUACUUAAAAAAGAAAUCUAAGCAGGGGCGCCUGGGUGGCUCAGUUGGUUAAGUGUCUGACUUCAGCUCAGGUCAUGAUCUCGUGGUCCAUGAGUUCAAGCCCCCCACUGUCAAGCUCUGUGCUGACAGCUCAGAGCCUCGAGGCUGCUUUCGUUCUGUGUUUCCCUCUUUCUCUGCCCCUCCCCAACUCUUACUCUGUCUCUUUCCUUCUCAAAAAUAAAUAAACAUUAAAAAAAUGAAAAAAAAUUCUGAGUGAAGCUUUGGCAACCUGGAAACAUUUUAAUGAAAGUGAAACUAUAAAGGUUAAACCUUUUCAAUCUUGUGUACCAAGCAGAUUUUAUUUGAAAAGAAGCUCACCAGUAAAAGAGGGGAUUCCACCAACGAACAUUUCCUAAGGCUGGAAUGCUUGCAAACUGCUAAGGCUGAGAUCCUGAGGAACCCAGCUGGAGAAUGCCGUCUGAACGCUGCCUGAGUAUUCAAGAAAUGCUGACAGGCCAGAGGCUCUGCCACUCGGAAUCUCACAAUGAUAGCGUCUUGGCAGCGCUGAAUCAACAGAGAAGUGACGGCAUCCUCUGUGACGUCACCCUGAUUGCUGAGGAACAGAAAUUCCAUGCUCACAAGGCAGUCCUAGCAGCAUGCAGUGACUAUUUCCGGGCGAUGUUCAGUCUCUGUAUGGUGGAAAGUGGAGCUGACGAGGUCAGUUUACAUGGUGUGACCAGCCUUGGCUUAAAGCAGGCCCUGGAGUUUGCAUACACAGGACAGAUUUUGUUGGAGCCAGGUGUGAUCCAGGAUGUAUUAGCAGCUGGCAGUCACCUACAGCUGUUGGAGCUUCUCAAUUUAUGUUCCCACUAUCUCAUCCAGGAAUUAAAUAGCUUUAAUUACUUGGAUCUGUACAGACUUGCUGACCUCUUUAACCUCACUUUGCUGGAGAAGGCAGUGAUCGAUUUCUUAGUGAAACAUCUCUCUGAGCUCCUGAAGAGUCGCCCAGAAGACGUUCUAACGCUUCCUUAUUGUCUGCUCCAGGAGGUUCUGAAGAGUGACCGCCUGACCUCCCUGAGUGAAGAGCAGAUCUGGCAGCUAGCUGUGAGGUGGUUGGAACACAACUGCCAUUACCAGUACAUGGAUGAGCUCCUGCAGUAUAUCCGCUUUGGCCUGAUGGAUGUGGAUACUCUCCAUACAGUUGCCCUGUCCCACCCCCUCGUCCAGGCAAGUGAAACUGCGACAGCUCUUGUCAAUGAGGCCCUGGAGUACCACCAGAGCAUCUAUGCACAGCCCGUUUGGCAAACUCGCAGGACCAAACCGCGAUUCCAAUCAGACACUCUAUAUAUCAUUGGUGGGAAAAAGCGUGAGGUCUGUAAAGUCAAGGAACUUCGGUACUUCAAUCCUGUUGACCAGGAGAAUGCUCUCAUAGCUGCCAUUGCCAACUGGAGUGAGCUGGCUCCCAUGCCCGUGGGAAGGAGCCACCACUGUGUAGCAGUCAUGGGGGACUUUCUGUUUGUGGCAGGAGGAGAAGUUGAGCAUGCUAGUGGCCGGACAUGUGCUGUGAGGACUGCCUGUCGCUAUGACCCCCGCAGUAAUUCCUGGGCGGAGAUAGCACCCAUGAAAAACUGCCGGGAGCAUUUUGUGCUGGGUGCCAUGGAUGAAUACCUCUAUGCAGUUGGGGGUAGAAAUGAACUGCGCCAGGUUCUGCCUACAGUUGAGCGAUAUUGCCCCAAGAAGAACAAAUGGACUUUUGUGCAGUCCUUUGACCGAUCCCUUUCAUGUCAUGCUGGAUAUGUGGCUGAUGGUCUUCUUUGGAUAUCAGGUGGAGUAACUAACACAGCACAAUAUCAGAACAGACUAAUGGUAUAUGAACCUAACCAGAAUAAAUGGAUAAGCCGCAGCCCUAUGCUGCAGAGAAGGGUCUACCAUUCCAUGGCUGCUGUUCAAAGAAAACUUUAUGUUCUUGGAGGCAAUGACCUGGACUACAAUAAUGACCGGAUCCUUGUGCGGCAUAUAGAUUCUUACAACAUAGACACCGACCAGUGGACGCGUUGUAAUUUCAACCUGUUGACUGGCCAAAAUGAAUCUGGAGUUGCUGUCCAUAAUGAGAGAAUAUAUUUAGUUGGUGGAUAUUCGAUUUGGACAAACGAGCCUCUGGCUUGUAUCCAGGUGGUGGAUGUAAGUAGAGAAGGCAAAGAAGAAGUAUUUUAUGGGCCUACACUCCCUUUUGCUUCUAAUGGAAUAGCAGCAUGCUUCCUUCCAGCUCCAUAUUUCACAUGCCCUAACCUUCAGACUCUUCAAGUGCCUCAUCACAGGAUUGGGACCAUCUGAAAACCAAUGCUUUGUUAAUAACUAUCAACAGAAGGGAAAGAAAAGCUUCACUUCUGAAUACUGGGCAUGAAAAGACUCAGUGCUCAAUGCUUCCUUGUUUUGUUUUAUAUGUCUUAUUUUCAGAUAAACAUUAGCAAAAAAUGAACAGUUUUCUAAAAUACAUUACUGAAACCUCCUGUCACCCUUCUCUCUGUGUGUCAAUAUGCAAUAUGUCUGACUUUUACUGUGGUGUAGCUCAGUGACAACUUAAUGGUCAAUUACUGUUCCAUGGGUCUUUAGAGCCUUUGUUGUAGACUUUCUCUAAUCAGCACUGUCUAGGAAAACAGGAAAAUGUUAAUAAGGCAAUUUAUUUCACAAGUACUGCCAUCAAUGAUCUUCAAAAAAAAAAUCUUCCGUAGUUAAUCCCCUUACUACUUAAAACUGGGUUUGUAAUUUUUCUUUUAAAAAUUUAACAUUAUGCAGCCCCACUAGUAUAGACUCAGUAUUAUGACAUCAUAAAAUUUUAAAUGCCAUGUUUUAUUCACAGUAACACGAAUGAUAGAAGUACACUGGAACAGCAGUUGGAACGCCCAGAUUGUUCAGCUUGGUUACUGUGACCUUGGGCUAGGUGCUUAACUUUCAGUGCUAGUUUUCCCAUUCUUUAAGGAGGAUAAUUAUUGAUUUCCGUAUCAAUUCAGAAGAAUGUUGUGAGGAUUAGGCAAAUGCUCUGAAGUACUUCAUUUAAGAAAAAAAAAGUUACUCAAAUUACAAGGUAUUUUACUGUCUUUAGAAUUCUGUAACUGAACGGGGAGAUUAUUUUUGAAAGUAUUUAAAAAUUACUAAAUAGAACUUGGAACACAUGCUGUGGGAGAAAUGAUUCUGAAAAGCAUGUGAAGAGAUGCUAAUUAGGAAAAGGGGAGUCUACCAAAGCCAAAGAUUCCUAAAUCUAUACAAAUUCUUGCUUCACAUCAUAAUUCAAACACUUGUUUAAACUCAUUUAGUGAAAAAUGACAUUUCAAAGCU